CCUCUCCGGGGCCCGUCGCUUUCCACGGGUGCUGCCCCUCCGCGGUGACGUCAUGCCGGGACCUCCUCGAUUUUCCGAGCCCCUGCCAAGAGCCCACGCUGCUCUCAGCCAACUUGCGGUCCCGCCGUCCGCGGGCGCGAGGGCAGCGCUGCCAGGGUGUCCGGCGGCCAGGAGGUGUCCAUCCUGUCCCCUGCUGUGCCAAGGAGGCCCAAUGCUGGGCACAUCCAUCUGUGGGGAGCCCUCAGCAGCCACUCUGGUCAGACCUAGGGAAAAUUCUGGAAGAGAUUGUGGCCAUCCUUGCAUGGUUCAUGGGCAGCAGCAGGGGUUCUUGGAUGUGGCCAGGCCUGGGGGCCGUCCCUGAGUCCCCGCCUGUCCACCCACCAUGCUGCAGUGCAGGCCCGCCCAGGAGUUCAGCUUUGGCCCCCGGGCCCUAAAGGACGCACUGGUGUCCACGGACACAGCCCUGCAGCAGCUCUACGUGUCCACCUUCUCCCCCGCCGAGAGGCUUUUCCUGGCUGAGGCCUACAACCCCCAGAGGACCCUCUUCUGCACCCUGCUCAUCCGUACCGCCUUCGACUGGCUCCUUAGCCGCCCCGAGGCUCCUGAGGACUUCCAGACCUUCCAUGCGGCGCUGCUGCCCAGGAAGCAGAGCCAGGCCCGGAAGCACAUCUACCUGCAGCCCAUAGAUCUGAGCGAGGGGCCGGCAGACGCUCUCCUUGACCACCUACGGAGCUGCACGGAGGCCUUCUUCCUGGGCCUGCAGGUCAAGUGCCUGCCCUCGGUGGCGGCCGAGUCCAUCCGCUGCUCCUCUCGCCCCAGUCGGGAUGCGGACAGCCUCCAGCUCCACGCAGAUGGCAUCCUGUCUUUCCUGAAGAGCAGCAAGCCGGGCGACGCCCUGUGUGUGCUGGGCCUGACGCUGUCUGACCUGUACCCUUGCGAGGCCUGGAGCUUCACCUUCGGCAUGUUCCUUCCGGGGCACGAAGUGGGCAUCUGUAGCUUUGCCCGGUUUGUGGGGGAGUUCCUGCAGAUGGGGCCCAGCGCCUCUGAUCCAGCCCCGACAGAGGUGGCAGCCAGCGGCCCUGAGAAUCCCCUGCAGGACAGAGGCUGGACCCUGUGCUUCAACGCCCUGGGGAUGGCCCAGUGCUGCAAGGUUGUGUGCCAUGAGCUCUGCCACCUCCUUGGCCUGGGGAACUGCCGCUGGCUCCGCUGUCUCAUGCAGGGGGCACUCAGCCUGGAUGAGGCCCUGGGGCGGCCCCUGGACCUCUGUCCCAUCUGCCUGCGGAAGCUGCAGCACAUCCUGGGCUUCAGGCUCGUAGACAGGUACAAGAGGCUCCAUGCCUGGACUCGAGCAGCGGUGGGGCUGCGGCCCGGCCAGGAGGCAUCCCUGUCGGAGGACACCCUGCCCUGCAGCGCUGACUCAGGCCUGUGCUGCGAGAGCGACUCGGAGCCCGGCACCAGCCUGUCAGAGCCCCUCACUCCGGAUGCGGAGCUGGAGCCCGAGGACGGGCUGAGCUCCCUGGCAGCCUCCGAGGGCCUGCCGCAACUGGGAACCCCGGCAGAGGCCAUCGAGGAGCAUGGACGGUGGCUGGCGAUGUGCAUCCAGGCCCUGGAGAAGGAGGUGACUGAGGAGGAGCUGGCGAGGGUGGACAGGGCCGUGGACGGCCUUGCUCGGUGGGAAAUGUUCACGGGCCGGCUCCCGGUCACCAGGCAGGAACUGCCCUGCGGCAGAGACGGAGACGGCACAGGGCUACGCAAGGUCCUAGGGGACAAGUUCUCCUCCUUAAGGAAGAAGCUGAGCACCCGCAAACUGUCCAGAACGGACUCGUCCCCCUGUCGCUGGAAGGAGGAGGAGAAUUAGCACAGCUUGUGCACCAUCGGCCAGGGCCUGUAUUUCCCUGGGACAAUGGUUCUACCCCCUACAUUUGAUUGUGGCCAAGGGUGGCCCCACUGUGGGUCAGAAGGAAAGGCUCUGCACUCGGCCACAGCCUCAGUGUGACCCGUGGCACUAACAGAGGAUGGUGGGAGGCACGUGCCCCCAUAUUUUUGGCUGGAGCUCAGGGUCCUGUUCCUACAAACGUGGCUGCCAAGGCCCAUAACUGGGGUCUCCCCUCAACAGGGAAGCAGAGUUUUUUACCUUCUGUCUAGAAUAUCUAUCCCACACUCAGAAAGGGUUGCUUUCUGUGAGACUUCACUCAGGAGUCUGUGAGAAGUUCUGGAAGGUCACCACUCACCUGGAACUAGCUCACUGAGGCCUGCCAUUUCUUUAGUUGAAUGUCGCAGGAAAGGCGGGUGUCUAAGUUGCAGGUUUGAAGGUGCUGCCAGGCUACCUACUGGAAAUUGCAGCAGGGUUUCCUUCGUGGGACAACUUCUGCCAAAGGUGACUUGCAAUGUUAAUAGCAACUAGGUCAAGGUGGGGGAGGGGCGGGAGGAGGAGAGAGAGAGAGAGAGAGAGAGAGAGAGAGAGAGAGAGGAGUGAGAAGAGUAUUUACAGCAGUUGCUGAGCGAAAAACUGAUAUCAGGUUUUCCAAAAUAGGAAGUUCCGAUUUGGUAGGUUAUGUUUUGGGUUUGGGAACAUUCAAACAUUUUUUUUUCAAUAAAUGAAUGCUAAUAGUGCUCCCAGACCUAAAACACAACCUCUGAAUCAGGACAUUCUACCUUCAGAACCUGGGGAGACCUGUCUAUGUUAAAAUACCCAGCCCUGAUGUGGAUAUGACCGUGUUCCUUUCAGUUUGUCAAAUCACACUUCCCAUCACUGCUCUUUUACGUGCACCUACAUUUGAUUGAUGAAUCCCUCCUGCCACCAUUAUCAAAUGCCCUAGCUGGCCUGCAGGGAGAAGCUGGUUUCCCAUGUGGAAAGAGGCAAGAACAGGGGCAGUGCCUACAUUUUGAAGGCAGCUUACACAGUUUUGGUGGUCUGGUAAGAAAAACAGUACAAAAAACAAAUAGAAUUAAGGGGGGCCUACCCGGAAGAGCUGAAGCUUCCUUGUAAUCUGACACCAGGCACAGCCAGGAUUCCACCCAGGAAAACUCAGAGAUGAGUACACACUGAAUUUAAAGUCGUUCCGGGUCCCCUGUUCUGUUCAGCAGAGCUUCCAGGAGGCAUCAUGAAGGUCUGGGAGGUAACACUGAUGGGGGAAGGGAAGGUGAGGAGGAGCUGGGCACACCCCACAGAAGGGGAAAGGGUGCUGUGUGACGAAAGACCCAAAUCCUGACAGCUUAAAACUCUGACAAUCUAUUCAGCUUAUGACUCUGUAAUGCAGUUGGGGGGUGGAGGCGGCAGGGGUCUGCUCCUGUGAGCUCAGCUGGCCUCGGUGUGUCCAUGUGGCUUGAGCCUCCUCGCAUAUGAGGAUGAUGGCUGGCUCCCAAAGGCGGGGGUGCCCAGACAGUCAGCUGGAAGUGGGUAGUCUUUCAGACUGACCUUGCCAAGUCCUAGUGCAUCACUGCUGCCAUUAACACUUGGUUCUGGGGAAGGGACAGAUUCCACCUCUGAAUCCAAGGAAAAGUAUGUGAGAUGGGAAAGCACUUACGAAAAAUCUGUCCCAGUCAGCUUCCACUGCUUGGUUUGGCCAUCACACCUGCCACAUAAUCUUACCUGUUUUCCAGUUCCCUCCAGUCUUCUGCGAAGGGUUUGCUGCUGAAAUGAUGCAAGGUAAAAUAGAGGUGAUGAAGCUAGAACAGCCUGUCUCAGAUUGAAGGUGGGCUUGGCGGUCAUGUGUGUGCCAUGGUGGGUACCAGAUUCCAGCACCGUCCACUGGUGCCCAUGGCCGUCACCUGUGAUAUGUCCUAAAGCACCUUCAUGUGGAAAAGGACAAGCCACAAACAAUAGGACUCGCCUGCUGGCCUCUACAGGCUGCAGAUGGAGAUGACUUUCUAAGAUAGCUGUGGAAGAACAGAAAUGGUUUGAAAAUAGAGUCUUCAGGAAUAGAGAUCAGAAAUGCCUUCGAGCAAAUAUUAGCUCCAGGUUCUGUCUGUGAUGGAGCAAAGAGCAGUUUGGGAAGGAGAUGAGGGAGAGAGAUAAGGAUGCCACCUCCUCCUGCAAAGGCAUGGCUCUCAGAUCUGCCAAAAUUCAAGCUCAGGUGAUCCAGAUGAGCAUCGGAGCCGAGCGGAACCGAAACAUCUACAGACAAUGGCUCUCGAGGAACAGGUACCCUGGGUUUUGUUUUUGAAAGGUAGAUGUCAGUUUCACUUCUCUCCUUACUGUCCAAAGCCCCUGAGGUUCACAAGGUCAGGUCCCCCGCUUGCGGAAGAUGCCCUUCUGAGAACCUCCCUCACACAGCUCAGCAGGCCCAGGCAGAGGGGCCCAAACGGAGCUAAAAAUACUCUGGGGUCAUGACAGUAUCUGUGUGGCUGUUAGAUUGCGGGAGGGGGAUGGGAAAUACAUGUGGUCCUCUAAUGUAGCUUAAACACACACCCAGGGAUGAACAGCAUUGCCCUGGCGAUGAGGCAGUAAAUCCCGCUUCCGGCAGCCUAGCAUUCCUCUUCCUGUCUCAUGGACCCCACUCUUCCUCCCUGGAGCCCAAACUCACCAUCAUAAUGGUGAGAGGGGAAUCAUUUUGAACUCCCCCACCUAGGAUGGGACAGGAGGAAACAGUCUCAUUUCCAGAGCGUGGGUCAGGGAGGAGGAGGUGGGGCUGUUCAUGCCAUCCCAGGAGACACUGAGGCAGACCUUUCUGUGAUGAGAGAAAUCUCCGAAAGGGCUUAAGGAAAAAUAAACACCAUGGCUUAGCCAAGCAGCUAAUGUUAAAGCUACGAGUCCAAAUUUAGAUACUACCAAGUUCAAAGAAGAUGCUGCAGCAUUCCCGGGACACUCACGGGUAAAUGAGGGGUCCGCAGGGGCCAAACAGGCGGGGCUGGGCUGGGAAAGGACGCAGAGCUUCCCUGUAAAUAAACUCCACUUUUGAACGAGUCCCUUCUAAGUGCCAGGGAAUUUCUAACAUCCCCCAGGCUUGAUUCUCAAAACAUCCCUGCAAGGCGGAUGUUCGCAGCCCCAUUUUAUGGUGGAGGAGGCGGAGACAGAGACUUGGUAAUCUGCCCGAGGCUAAAAUGUGGAGGCGCUGUAGUUCAGGCCUCUUUUGUGCUGAAGCCAGACCUGUGUUCUAGGUCUUUCUUAGAAAAGCACACUGAAUAGGUCUGGGCAGGAAGGAGAGUCGAAAAGAAGGCAUGGGGUGGGCAAGCCCACACGCUGAUUCCUAAAUGGCACCCUCUCCCGGGCCCGCCCUUGGUUUCUGAGGUCACCGGGAAGAGCGCUGGCCACCGCAGCACUUUCAGGCUCAGGGCUCCCUGGAGGUCGGACAAGGGCCUGGGUGGGUGGCCAGGUCUCCUGGGUGAAGAUGCCAACUUAAAGCCCAGAGUUGCUGGGGCUUCACUGAUUUGUUUGUAUAAAGAGGGCGAGUCCCCAUCAGGAAUAUUUUUAUCCUGUGAAGACUGGGAGAACCAAGGCUUCCUGGGGUGGUUCAGACCUCACCUGGAGCCUGGGAGAGGCCCUCAGAGAGGAGGCCCCAGGGCCUUCCGGCUCUCCCCAGCCUGCUCUCCUAGUGGGGGGCAGAGCAGCUGAGCCUUGAUGGCUGUAGGGGCAACUCCAAAGUAGAGGCACCAGAUUUCCAGAGAACAGCACAUUUAUGGACCUCAGGCCAUCAGGCAUGGAAGUUAAACACUGCAGCAUAAUCUAGGAAACCUAUUUCUUUAUAGCAAAGAACCAUGGCUUUGAAAGCUGUUAAAAUAACUGUAAAUAAAGGGUAGAAACAGCUAACAGAGCCUGCCUUUUCCAGCCUCACAGCAUCACCUUGAUUAAUGAGGACCCAGAAUAACUGAGAUCUAUUUUUGAAUUUGGCUUCUUGGGUAAAGAGGCAAAUGAAAACAAGCUUAUGUCGGAGGUUAUUUUAAAAAGCAACUUCCAAGAAAUGUCCGAGGGCCACUAUGUGUUCAGUCCAGUCUGCCUCCACCUCCUUCUCAGUGAGGGCCCAGGCGACUGGAGGACUUGCUCAUCAGAUAAGCAGGUGACACCCUACUUCCUCGGCUGCCAGCGGACUCGCCCCAGGGAGAGCUACAACAAAUGCACCAGGAACAAAACCAACCUGCUCUCAGUUCCCCAGACAGCCACACCCCGGCACUGCCACAACACACUGCUGUUGCUUUGAAAUUCGGCCAGGCUGGGCCCAUCGGCCAUUCACAGCCCCUGCACCCCAAGCUCUGCAGUGCAGGGGUUCCUUACCGCAGCUUCCCUCUUGGCUCUUCCUUCAUGCUGUCCGGUGCACGGCUGAAAUGUCAUUUCUUGGUUCCACCAAUGUUCCAAGUGCAUGCGUGUCCUUUUUGACCUGUGAUAGUGGAGAACUAAUUAGGAAGCUGCCUGUGGCUCACCUUGACUCCUGGGCCAUUUCUAGCAUGUGGAGGUGCGCGCCUGCUCACCUGCCACAUGGACAAGAGGCCCGAGUAGAAGCAGAAGGUGCCUGGGGCUGUGUGGGACUGGUCUGAAUUUGCCCAUCACCUUCUCUUAUCCCUUAUUCAGCAGGAGUCCACUUACUUUCAGUUUCUCCCAACACCUGCUUAAA